AUGUCAGACUUCGUCCGCAGAGCAUCUGAUGCGUUCCACCGUCGCCGAAGCUCAACCGAAUCAGUGGAUGUACCCAAAUCCCCUGAUCCCCCUAGCGCAGCAAAGCCUCUUGAGAAAGAGCAACUAAAUCAAAAGCCCGAGUCUACUCAGCCUGGAUCUCACGUUAAUGAGGCUUUUGCUGGUGUACCAAGUGAUAAUGCUGUGCCUCCGAAGCAACACCGCCAUUGGGGAUGGCCACACCACCAGGAAAAGCAAACCGGACCAAAUCAGCAGCCUAGCCAGAAGCAAGAAGAUCUUGACUGGGUUGUUGGCACGUAG